AUGGGGAUCCUCAAUGUCCAGGGCGAAAGCCUACAGCGCGUAAUCGCGGUUCUUGGCUCGGUCGCGUUUUUAGUUCAAGGAUAUAAUCAGUCGGUGAUGAAUGGUUUCACUACAUUGCCGAGCUUUUUGGCCGCAAUUCCGCAGGUCGAUACGGUCAACACCACCGGCGCCCAGGAGGCGCAUAAUUCGACAAUCUUAGGUCUUGUCGUGGCUAUCUUUGAACUUGGCUCUGCAAUUGGCGCCCUCUCCUGUCUUUUCAUUGGUGAUAGACUUGGUCGUCCCAAAUCAAUGCUGGUAGCAGGAGCUAUUUGCACAGUAGGAGUGAUCAUUCAAGCGUCCACCUACUCUCUAGCUCAGAUUCUCGUUGGUCGAAUUGUUACCGGUGUUGGCAUUGGAAUCUACACAGGAACUGUUCCGAUGUACGUGAGCGAGAUGUCCGACUCUGAAAAGAGAGGCCAGCUUGUCUUAGUCGAAGGUGUAUUUGCUCUGAGCGGUCUUGCCAUUGCAUCAUGGGUGAACUUCGGCAUGUAUUAUACCACAGGCUCAGUGAGCUGGCGAUUUCCUCUGGCACUUCCACUGGUGUUCAUCGCGGUCAUUCUUUCGCUGACCCCGUGGCUACCUGAAUCUCCACGGUACUUGAUCAAAAAGGGAAGAAUUGAAGAAGCUACUGCCAUUAUGGCCAGAUUGAUGGCUCUCCCAGGGACCGACACUGAAGUGGCCAAGGAGAUUGCCCUCAUUCAAACCGCCCUCAACAGAGACGCAGGUCAACCAGGCAAGGACUCCGCCAACCCAUUCUCUAUGGACAAAAACAGACAUCUGCACCGCUUGGUGAUCGCGGCUAGCGGUACGAUGUUCACUCAGAUGUCCGGCAUCAACGUGAUCGCUGGCUACUCUACCUCCAUCUUCGAAGAAACCCUUGAUUACUCUGGCAGUGAUGCGAGAAUUUUCUCCGCUUGUCUGCAGGUCGCUCUGGCCCUUGGAGCAUUGACUGCCAUUUUCCUGGUCGACCGUGUUGGCCGUCGCCCUCUGAUGCUGUUCUCAACCGGCUCCAUGGUCCUUGCCCAAGCAGCGGUCUCAGGCUUGACAUCAGAUUUAUCGAAACAAGCCAACGGCAAAGCGGCCGUAUUCUUCUAUUUCUUCGCCAUGUACUGUCUCCCGAUCGGCAUGUUCAUUAUGCCAUUCAUGUACGGUUCGGAGAUUGCCCCCUUGUCUAUCCGUCACAUUGUUGCGGCGACGACAGCUAUUUCCAGCUGGCUCUUCAACUUCAUGGUCGCUGAAGUGACACCAAUUGCCCGAGACAACAUUGGAUGGAAAUAUGAUAUUGUUUACGCUGCUACCAGUGCUGCGGGCUGCGUUGUUAUUUACCUGUUCUACCCCGAGACCCGAGGAAGAACACUGGAGGAGAUUGAUGAAAUCUUUAUUCAGUCCAACUCGAUCUUUGAUCCCGUUCGAGUGGCUAAAAAGCUACCCAUGGGCUAUACCGCAUCGGAUAAUAUUGAUGCUUAUGCCAAGGAAGCUUCUUCCAGUACUGAAGUGGCUUGA